GGCGGGGCUUGUGGAUGGCGUUAGUGCUGAGAGUCUAGUCCGCCGCUGCCGGGGACAGACAGGCUGAUAGGUCGGGGAAAGUGCCACCGAGACCAGACUUCGUGCCUACUUCAGUCAGUGCCACCUCCCCAGGGACAACCCGAAACGACAAAAGCGGAUGAUCUAGACAUUACCCUGGGGUCUUCCACUGGAGAAGGUUUGCUGGAAUGGGUAACCUGCUAAAAGUCCUAACAAGAGAAAUAGAGAACUAUCCACACUUUUUCCUGGACUUUGAAAAAACCAAAUGGGGAAUCUGUUAAAAGUGCUAACUUGCACAGAGCUUGAACAGGGACCCAACUUUUUCCUUGACUUUGAAAAUGCACAGCCGACAGACGAAGAGCGCGAAGUGUGGAACCAGGUGAACUCCGUCCUCCAGGACUCUGACAGCAUCCUGUCUGGCUUACAGGCUUACAAGGGGGCGGGGCAAGAAAUCAGAGAUGCAAUUCAAAAUCCUAACGACAUGACGCUGCAGGAAAAAGCCUGGAACGCCGUCUGCCCGCUGGUCAUCAAGUUAAAGACGUUUUAUGAUUUCUCUACCAGACUAGAGGAGGCUCUGAAGAGUUUGUUGGAGUCUCUGACGUGCCCUCCACUCACACCUACUCAGCACCUGGAGAGGGAGCAGGCACUUGCCAAGCAGUUUGCCGAGAUCCUCCACUUCACUCUCCGCUUUGAUGAGCUCAAGAUGAGGAUUCCUGCCAUCCAGAACGACUUCAGCUACUACAGAAGGACCAUCAGCCGAAACCGGCUGAACAACAUGAAUUUGGACAUUGAGAAUCAAGUCAACAACGAGAUGGCCAAUAAGAUGUCUCUGUUCUACGCCGAGGCCACACCCAUGCUGAAAACUCUCAGCAAUGCAACCACAAACUUUGUGACAGAGAACAAAACUCUUCCACUGGAUAACACGACCGACUGCCUCAGCACCAUGGCCAGCGUCUGCAAGGUCAUGCUGGAGACGCCGGAGUACUCGAGUCGCUUCAGCAGCAAUGAAACGCUCUUGUUUUGCAUGAGGGUGAUGGUUGGAGUCAUCAUCCUUUAUGACCACGUCCACCCUAACGGCGCCUUUAACAAGUCCUCAAAGAUCGAUAUGAAGGGUUGCAUAAAAGUUCUGAAGGACCAGCCAGCAGACAAUGUCGAGGGCCUUCUGAACGCACUCAAAUUCACCACAAAACACCUGAACGACGAGUCCACUCCGAAGAACAUCCGGGCGAUGCUCCAGUAAUACUUUAGUGUUUUGUUUUCUAUAAAUAGAAAUGGGGAGUGUCGUUUUUCUGACCUCCCAUUAAGAUGUACAUGUUUACAUUAUUUAAGAAGACUUUAGUGUGUUUUGGAAAGUCCCUCCCUCCAAGUCACUCAGACCUGACGGUUAUCCGCUCCAGUCUCGAACAUCAGCUGACCUGCUGCUGGAGAACCAAUCAGCUUUACUGUAGAAACUCCUCCGGGGGAAGCUGCCAAGCCGACCUGCUGAACAGCAGCAUUUUAGUGGAGAAUUAAAUUAUUUAGUGGAACUUCCUGAUGAAGAGUAAAUGUUUUGGUAGAGUCCCGUUUAAACAGCUGAUCGUUUGAUAAUGUCUCUUAUUUCUUGUCAGGCUGGUAUUUUUUAUUCCAGCCCAGUGCAGCUGUGUGUGUGAACAGCUGUAGCGCAGACGUGUGUGCGAACAGCUGUAGCGCAGACGUGUGUGUGAACAGCUGUAGCGCAGACGUGUGUGUGCACAGCUGUAGCGCAGACGUGUGUGCGCAGCUGUAGCGCAGACGUGUGUGCGAACAGCUGUAGCGCAGACGUGUGUGCGAACAGCUGUAGCGCAGACGUGUGUGUGAACAGCUGUAGCGCAGACGUGUGUGCGAACAGCUGUAGCGCAGACGUGUGUGCGAACAGCUGUAGCGCAGACGUGUGUGCGAACAGCUGUAGCGCAGACGUGUGUGUGAACAGCUGUAGCGCAGACGUGUGUGUGCGCAGCUGUAGCGCAGACGUGUGUGUGAACAGCUGUAGCGCAGACGUGUGUGUGAACAGCUGUAGCGCAGACAUGUGUGUGAACAGCUGUAGCGCAGACGUGUGUGUGAACAGCUGUAGCGCAGACGUGUGUGUGAACAGCUGUAGCGCAGACGUGUGUGUGAACAGCUGUAGCGCAGACAUGUGUGUGAACAGCUGUAGCGCAGACGUGUGUGUGAACAGCUGUAGCGCAGACGUGUGUGUGAACAGCUGUAGCGCAGACGUGUGUGUGAACAGCUGUAGCGCAGACGUGUGUGUGAACAGCUGUAGCGCAGACGUGUGUGCGAACAGCUGUAGCGCAGACGUGUGUGUGCGCAGCUGUAGCGCAGACGUGUGUGUGCGCAGCUGUAGCGCAGACGUGUGUGUGAACAGCUGUAGCGCAGACGUGUGUGUGAACAGCUGUAGCGCAGACGUGUGUGUGAACAGCUGUAGCGCAGACGUGUGUGUGAACAGCUGUAGCGCAGACGUGUGUGCGAACAGCUGUAGCGCAGACGUGUGUGCGAACAGCUGUAGCGCAGACGUGUGUGCGAACAGCUGUAGCGCAGACGUGUGUGUGCGCAGCUGUAGCGCAGACGUGUGUGUGCGCAGCUGUAGCGCAGACGUGUGUGUGCGCAGCUGUAGCGCAGACGUGUGUGUGCGCAGCUGUAGCGCAGACGUGUGUGUGAACAGCUGUAGCGCAGACGUGUGUGUGAACAGCUGUAGCGCAGACGUGUGUGUGAACAGCUGUAGCGCAGACGUGUGUGUGAACAGCUGUAGCGCAGACGUGUGUGUGAACAGCUGUAGCGCAGACGUGUGUGUGAACAGCUGUAGCGCAGACGUGUGUGUGAACAGCUGUAGCGCAGACGUGUGUGUGCGCAGCUGUAGCGCAGACGUGUGUGUGCGCAGCUGUAGCGCAGACGUGUGUGUGAACAGCUGUAGCGCAGACGUGUGUGUGAACAGCUGUAGCGCAGACGUGUGUGUGAACAGCUGUAGCGCAGACGUGUGUGUGAACAGCUGUAGCGCAGACGUGUGUGUGAACAGCUGUAGCGCAGACGUGUGUGUGAACAGCUGUAGCGCAGACGUGUGUGUGAACAGCUGUAGCGCAGACGUGUGUGUGUGAACAGCUGUAGCGCAGACGUGUGUGUGUGAACAGCUGUAGCGCAGACGUGUGUGUGUGAACAGCUGUAGCGCAGACGUGUGUGUGAACAGCUGUAGCGCAGACGUGUGUGUGCACAGCUGUAGCGCAGACGUGUGUGUGCACAGCUGUAGCGCAGACGUGUGUGUGUGAACAGCUGUAGCGCAGACGUGUGUGUGAACAGCUGUAGCGCAGACGUGUGUGUGAACAGCUGUAGCGCAGACGUGUGUGUGAACAGCUGUAGCGCAGACGUGUGUGUGAGCAGCUGUAGCGCAGACGUGUGUGUGAACAGCUGUAGCGCAGACGUGUGUGUGAACAGCUGUAGCGCAGACGUGUGUGUGAACAGCUGUAGCGCAGACGUGUGUGUGAACAGCUGUAGCGCAGACGUGUGUGUGAACAGCUGUAGCGCAGACGUGUGUGUGCACAGCUGUAGCGCAGACGUGCGUGCACGUCCAGUCACAUUCUGAGCUUUCUGUAAAACGAGGUGAUUUUUUUAUUCACCUCAUAAACAACGAAGCGUUUCUGGUGAACUGUUCCUUUAACAGAAAGACCAAAACUAUUUAAUUCCUAAUAAAUGACGUAUUUUUACAGGAACCUUCGUUAUCCUUUAAUGUGGCCAAAUAGUUUUUAAACAUUAGAAUUUUGUAAGUGAAGUUCAGAAGAAGUUUGCUUCUGCGUGAACAAACUCAGGUUUCUGAAUCACCCGAAGCGGCUCGCGAGCCUGCUGACCUGUCGCCUCUCGGGUCUACAGGACACGUUCCCCUGAGACUGAAGGUUGCUGUGGGUGACGUGGAGGCUUUGGGGUCACAGCUGUGCUGCUAGUUUCCCAUCUCCCGCCAGGGUCGCGGUCUGGUUGUUGCCACGUUUUACAGAAAUGAAGCGUAGGAGACUUCCUUGACCUUCUGACCUUGUUCUGUGGGUUUAACUAAAGACAUGAGGACGUCCACCCUGCAGCCUCCGAAUGUUCCAUCCGGUUCCUAUAAGUUCUACGUUGGACAAUCUGCCUGUUGAGCUGUGCUUGUUUGUGUUUACUCUGUGGAGUCGGACAUGUUUAUCUGCUUUUACCCGUGUGGCUGCAUACUGAACUGUUGUGGAUAAUAAAGGUGGUACCUUCUUAAAAAGAA